AAUCUGGGAAAGUACAUAAACGACACUCUGCAUGGCCCCAAAAAAGCAAACAGAAGGAGCUGGGACUUUUUUUUUCUGAAAAGGACGAGGAACACGGUACAGCGAACAUGAACAUGAACAUGAGAGCCAUAGCAAUGAAAUUGCUUUCCCUGCUUAUAGUUCUCUCCUCGGCUGCUGUUCAGACUCUUGAACCAGACGACUGCUCCUCUUUUAACUGGUCCUAUGAAGAGUUCAUGGAGAAGCUGAAGAUCUCAGACAAGUGUAUGGAAAAUCUCAUUGUGAAUUGGACAGAAAGCCAAAACACAGCAAUACUCAACAACCUGAACCGACUGGUGCAUAUAUUUAAUAAAAAUCAAAAAUCAGUGUGUCAGGAUGCCACGCCUAAGGAAUGCCCAGCUCCAGCAGUUGGGGGUAAAGGAGGGCUGGUGUGUGUGUCCGCCAAAGGGAAGCGUUUCUGUAAACCGAUGUGCAACAAGGGUUAUGACUUUAACUUCCUGAGGAUUUCGAGGCUGUAUGAGGAAUGCAGCAACGCCACUAGUUACAACUGGACAACUCAGUACGUGGGCGGCAACAAGCUGGCCAUCUGUGGCAAGUCCAACACGCAAAUAGCAGGCGCGUCUUCGGCCUACUUCCCCGUGAACCAGGACUGCUUGACGACUAAAAGUAACUCAACGCUAGAGAAGGAGAUCAUUAACACGUUCCGAAAAGAGCUGAAAGAUAAAAAUAUUAAAGGUCCUUACACGCAGUGCUGUCUUAUGUGUGGAUAAAAUGACCUUUCUCUGGUAUACUGGAAGCCGGGAGCAAGGAAGUUGAAUUCUAUAAUUAACACUGUGUUGAGCUUACAACUGUAAUGCACGUGUGUAAGUCACACCUAAUACAGAAUUCAUCAAUAAAACUAUAACCAUGUGCAGUAA